CUUCUCCCCUCUUCUUUGCAUUUUACUUCCGUUGCUUGCUCCUUAUUCAACUCUUUUUCUUCCAUUUCUGGUCUUUUUUUGCUAAAAUUUACAACUUCCAAACAGUAAGUUUCACUCAUCUCUGAUCUAUUUGAUUACAUCAACACAAUCAGGCAUCAGCUCAUGCAUUGAUGCACCUAUUGAUUAUUCUUCCCUUUGUUUAUACACACUAAGAUUUCAAGAUUCCCCUUGAAACCUGCUGAUUAAAAUCUCUGUAUUUCUGAUUUUUUGCUUAAUUUUUGAUCAUUUUUAUGUAAUUAAUUUCAAUUUAUACUUGAUUGUGAAGAUUCCCAUCUGGGUUUUGAAGUUAGGAUAGUAGUUUUUGUGGGUUUGUGUUGUUUUAUGGAUUUUUGAGUUGUGUAAAAGCUGAAAUGAGGGUUUAUUGGUAGUGUAAUGAGACGUAGGUGGACAGUGGGAUCUUUUCCUUAUCAAAUGGAGAAAGGAAAUUCAAAGAAUCACACUAGUAGAUUAUGUAUAUUGAGUUCUUUGUGUAUUUUUUUUUGGAGUUUGCUUUUGUAUUUCCAUUUUGUUGUUCUUGGGAGUAAUCAUGUCAAUGAUUCCACUGCUUUAGAAUCAAAUCCCAUUAGAAUUGAGACUUUUAAUUCUGUACCUAUAUCCAAAGAUGUUAGAUCAAUUGAUGAUGAAUCUGAAAUUGGGUUAAGUGAUGAUCCCAUGAAGGUAUCAUUGCACAAUGAGUCUGAUUUGAGUAAAAAUGAUGUCGAAAUCGAGGGGAUUAAUAAGGUUGAGUCUGAGGAUUCAAAUGAUGAUGAUCCCAUGAAGGUAGAUGUGCAUAAUGAUCCCGAUUCGACUAGGAUUGAUGUUGAGAAUGAGAGGAGUAAUGAGGGUUUUUCUUCGAGUAAUCGUAAGAUCGAUGUUGGAUCGAAAACUAGUGAUUCUAGCCCUAGGGAUAUUGUGCGCCCGCGAGAUGAACCUCGCGAGUUUUCGUUUAUGAGGGCAUUGAGGACAGUUGAGAAUACUAGUGAUCCUUGUGGUGGGAGGUACAUUUAUGUUCAUGACCUUCCCUCUAGAUUCAAUGAUGAUAUGCUUAAAGAGUGUAGGAGUCUUAGUCUUUGGACUAAUAUGUGUAAGUUUACUACCAAUGCUGGACUCGGUCCCCCACUCGAGAAUGUUGAGGGGGUAUUCUCGAAUACAGGAUGGUACGCAACGAAUCAGUUUGCUGUCGAUGUGAUCUUUAACAAUCGGAUGAAACAGUACGAGUGCCUGACGAAGGACUCCUCGCUUGCUGCGGCUGUCUUUGUACCCUUCUAUGCCGGGUUUGAUAUUGCUCGGUAUCUUUGGGGAUAUAACAUAUCUAGGAGAGAUGCUGCCUCGCUCGAUUUGGUUGAUUGGCUUAUGAAAAGGCCUGAGUGGAAGGUAAUGGACGGAAGGGAUCAUUUUCUUGUUGCAGGAAGGAUCACUUGGGACUUCCGAAGAUUAACCGAAGACGAAAAAGACUGGGGUAGUAAGCUCUUGUUUUUGCCCGCGGCUAAGAACAUGUCGAUGCUGGUGGUUGAAUCGAGCCCAUGGAAUGCAAACGACUUUGCGAUACCAUAUCCGACAUACUUCCAUCCAGCAAAAGACGCGGAUGUGUUUAUUUGGCAAGAUCGGAUGAGGAAACUCGAGAGAAAAUAUCUUUUCUCAUUUGCUGGGGCUCCUAGACCCGACAAUCCGAAAUCUAUCAGAGGUCAAAUAAUAGAUCAAUGCAAGCAUACAAACGCGUGCAAGCUUUUGGAAUGCGAUUUUGGCGAGAGCAAGUGUCAUUCGCCGAGUAGUAUCAUGAAGAUGUUUCAGAGUUCCCUUUUCUGUUUACAGCCACAAGGGGAUUCGUAUACUCGUAGAUCAGCAUUCGACUCCAUGUUGGCGGGUUGUAUACCCGUGUUUUUCCACCCUGGUUCGGCUUACACUCAGUACACAUGGCAUCUGCCUAAGAACUUCUCUAGUUAUUCAGUUUUCAUCUCCGAGAAUGAUGUUCGUAACAAGAAUCUCAGCAUCGAGGAAAGGCUUCGAGAAAUACCUCCUCGACAGGUCAAGAUUAUGAGGGAAACUGUCAUCAAUCUCAUACCUAAGUUGAUAUACGCUGAUCCUCGAUCCAAGCUCGAGACGCUUCCAGAUGCUUUCGAUGUUUCCGUGCAGGCGGUAAUCGACAAGGUUACAAGACUAAGAAAGAACAUCAUUCAAGGCAGAACAGAAUAUGAUAACUUUAUAGAGGAAAACAGUUGGAAAUACGCCCUUCUUGAGGACGGGCAAAGAGAGGUCGGAUACCAUGAAUGGGAUCCGUUCUUCUCGAAGCCUAAAGAAGGCGAAGGCGAUUCAAACGGUGCAUCUGCCGAAGCAGCUAAGAAUUCGUGGAAGAACGAGCAAAGAAGUCAAUCGCGAAGAAGUUAAUUGUAGCUCUUCAAAUGAUCUUUAGACAAAAAAACUUCAAAUGCUCUUGUUCAAGCUUGAUAAUUCUAGUGGUUUAUAGGAUCCUUACAUUCAGCCCUUACGAUUUUGCUUAGUGAUACAUAAAUGUUGUAAGAUACAUAUAUAUUCCCAUGUAGUGCAAUUUAGCAAAAACAAUAUUUUCUGUUGCAUACGUCUUUGGUUUCGGAUUAUAAUGAAUGAAUCAGGCAGAAUUGGCUUAUCUACUCGUGUGCAUUAUCUGUGUAGGUGAAGUUGCAGACGCUAUAUGCUAUAGAGGGUCAUUUGAAAAAUAAUUUUUUUGGCUUUAUUACCGUUGUAAGAAAUAACGUGCAGACAUUUGACAU